AAGCAAGAGACUGUGUUGUGGUUUUGUGAGGUAGGCGGGAGAGGAAGCGUAGGCUUGCAUGAUGGCACUUGCACUAGUAUCCAUCGUAAUUGCUGCCAUCUCUGUGGCCUACUGCUAUCCGACUGCCUUUCAAGACCUGGAGGAAGUUAGCAAGAACAGAACCUCCAUUAAGUUUCUGGCUAUAGGAGACUGGGGUGGAGUGCCUUAUCCCCCCUAUAUCACCGCUGUGCAGAAGGCUACAGCUCGAGAAAUGAGCAAAGUAGCAGACCAGAUGGGAGCUGACUUUGUUCUGGCCCUUGGUGAUAACUUCUACUACAAAGGUGUGGACAGUGUGGAUUCUCCUCGGUUUCAGGAUACUUUUGAGUCUGUGUACACUGCAAAGUCUCUCAGAGUCCCCUGGUACGUGCUUGCUGGCAAUCAUGACCAUGCGGGGAAUGUCAAAGCUCAGAUCGAGUACAGCCAAAAAUCUAACAGAUGGAAGUUCCCCUCUUACUAUUACGAGCUGAACUUCCACAUCCCCAACACUGGGAAGACGUUGACCAUCAUCAUGCUCGACACCAUAAUGCUUUGUGGCAACUCUGAUGACUACAUGGAUGAGAAGCCCAGAGGCCCCCUGCGUGCGGUGGAUGCAAACCGUCAGCUGGCCUGGCUGCAGGAGAGACUGGCUCGGUCCACGGCAGACUUCCUGCUGGUGGCCGGCCACUACCCUGUGUGGUCCGUGUCCGAACACGGCCCCACAGAGUGCCUUCUGCAAAGGCUUCAUCCCCUGCUUAAUAAAUACAAGGCCACUGCUUACCUCUGCGGCCAUGACCACAAUUUGCAGUACAUUGAAGAGUCUGGCGUGGGUUACGUGGUGAGCGGUGCCGGAAACUUUCUGGAUCCUGAUGUCCGUCACUGGAACCAUGUUCCCAAAGGUUCUGUGAAGUUCUUCACCGGCCAAGCUUCAACGCUGGGAGGCUUCGUCCAUGCGGAAGUCACAAAGAACAAGAUGAUCGUGACCUUCUACCAGGCUAAAGGCACUUCUCUCUAUCGCACUGUCCUCUCCCAAAGGAACUUUGAGUAGGCUGAGCACAGGAGAACAGUUUGCGUUCAUAUUUUGCACUGUAGUUUGAGAGCAAAGUAAAGGCUGUUUAAUCCUGUGUUUUUAAACUUUGGCAUUAAUAUUUCAAGCAUUGUAUCUUUUUAAAAAGAAUCUAGUUUUACAUGUAAAAUCAUUGUAUGAUUAAAAAUAAAUUGUUUGUAAAUGUG